GACACUGGAUUGUUGAUGGGGAGAAUACUCCGGCUUGUUGAUGGAUUGGACAUUGGAUUUUUGAUGGGGUGGACAUUGGAUUGUUUAUGGGGUGGACAGUGGAUUACUGAUGGUGGACAAAAUGACAAAGGUUGUUUCUGCUGGGGUGGCUUAACGACCCUAGAGACACAAAUUUGUCGAUACUCAUUUGGAGCCAGAAGGUACUACAGCAGCUUAUCCUCUGAGCAAAAAAAGAAAAUUGCAAGUGGGCCAAGCCUAGAAGACUUUAUAUUGGGAGACAUAGAAGAACCAUCAAAGGAGCAAUAUGAAGGAACUCUCAAGCGAGGGAAAGGAAUUAAAAGACUUCGUUUACCACCAUGGUUAAAAACAGAAAUCCCUAUUGGUAAUAAUUAUUACAAACUAAAAGAAACUUUGCGAGAUCUUAAUUUAAAUACGGUAUGUGAAGAAGCACGAUGUCCAAACAUAGGAGAAUGCUGGGGAGGAGGUGAACAUUCUACAGCUACUGCUACUAUUAUGUUAUUAGGAGAUACUUGUACAAGAGGCUGUCGGUUUUGUUCAGUAAAAACUGCAAGAAAGCCCCCACUUCCAGAUGUUAAUGAACCGGUAAAUACAGCAAGUGCAAUAGCCAAGUGGGGAUUGGACUAUGUGGUCCUUACUUCUGUUGAUAGAGAUGACUUGCCAGAUGGAGGUUCAAUGCAUUUCGCUGAGACUGUCUCUGAAAUUAAAAGCAGAGCACCAAACAUAAUGGUAGAAUGUUUAACGCCCGAUUUCCGAGGUGACCUGGAAGCUGUGGCCAACAUUGUUCAUUCAGGGCUUGAUGUCUAUGCUCAUAAUAUUGAAACCGUUGAAGCAUUACAAAAAUUUGUCCGUGACCCACGAGCCAACUACAAACAAUCCAUGAAAGUGCUUGAACAUGUUAAAACACUAGAUGAUCAGAAGUUCACCAAGUCUUCCAUCAUGCUUGGUCUUGGAGAAACCGACCAAGAGGUCUUCCAAACUCUCAAAGAUUUAAGGACAGCUGGCGUAGAAUGUGUGACCCUGGGUCAAUACAUGCAGCCAACUAAACGACAUUUACGGGUCGAGGAAUAUGUGACCCCAGAAAAAUACAGUUACUGGGAAAAAGUAGGAAACAAACUUGGUUUUUCCUAUACAGCUAGUGGGCCAUUGGUUCGGUCAUCAUAUAAAGCAGGUGAAUUUUUUAUCAAAAAUUUAUUGGAGAAGCGUCGAGAAUUAUCAAUUGAAGGUAGCACAAAGGAAUCAUGAAAUAGGAAUAAAGAUAUUUCACUGAGUACUGGAAUACUGCAAUAUCACGCAAAAUUGGUUUCUCUAUGGAUUCAAACCCUAGACUGUAUAUCCCAUGGAUAUUGGGGUUUCGAUUUACACGUCUACAGUGGAUUCACUCAUGCGUGACCAUCCUGUGUACUCUGCACAACAUCGAUUUAGUCAAACUGCAUGCUAGAAUCAACACGAGAACUUGAGGUUUCUCACAUGCAGAAAUCUUAGUGAAGUCAUUCCAGAUUCUUCCUUGUUGCGCAAUUGAAAGCUCAUUAUAGGACAUGUUGCUCUGAUUAUAGCAUGGACAUUUCUUAGGGUUUUAUUUUAUUAAAUAAAUGAAUGCAGUUAUUUGUGUUUUUAUGGUUCUUAAUAUUUUGUUAAUCUGCUAACCUAAUUAAUUAUUAUUUUAAAUAUCUAAUAAUCUUUAAUGAAGCCUAUGAGAGCUGCAUAGCUCAGUUGGGUAAACUGUUGGAAGCCAUUGUUUGUACGCUCAGCAAUGGAUAGCUGUUGGUAUAGUGCAAUAUGGCCCAUGUUAACAAGUGUAAAAUACUCUGUCUGGGAUUGUCUCCUGUUGUACUGCCCAAUCACCUUCAGAGGGACUCCACUGGAAUGAAAUCAUAUGGUUAUGGUUAUCCUACUGUACUGUACUUCAAUAUUUAGACAAAUUUCUAACAAAAGGAGAGUUGUAUUAUCAUGUAGAAUUUAUUUUAAACUUGUUCUAAGUGUGUUCUUCAAUUGCCAAACUUUACAUCAGGCUCAGAAAAAUAUGUACAUUGUAAUUUGAAAUUAAAAAACCAUUGUAUUAUAAUAAAAAUGG